AUGGAUCUGAGAGUGUUGGUAUGGUUUAGUUUGUUCGCGCUUGUGGCUUGUUCAGGCAAUGAAAGUGUCCCUGAUACUUCAGGUUCCAAAGAUAAUUAUAGACCCAGUGGGACCCUCGCUAGUAUUGGCAGAAUGUUCAUCGACAUACCACUCGGAUUUGUAGAAGCGCUCAAAGAUGCUGCAGAAGCUAUAGAAAGUGUCGCUGUAGCGUUGGUGAAAGGAGUUUUUAGUUAA